AUGAACUUCGAUGAUUUCAUCCCCUUUCUUGAAAAGCUUACUAACGGAAGAUGCAGAGAUGUGUAUUAUUGUCCACAUGAAGUGAGGUUGUCGGGGGGAUUACAUGCUAUUCAGAAUGACUGUGAUUUUAAUGAGUUUCUUGAAGAUAUGAAUGGAAAGAAGAGAUUAGAUGUGUAUGUGGAUCAUCAUCAUGAACCUUUGUUUGAUUGGAUUCAGGAGGAAGAAGCAGACCUUGAAGAUGAAGAAUUGGUUUCUAUUGAUGAUGUCGACUCCAUUUUAGAAGAUGGUUUGAAAGUUGAACAUAAUGAUGACUUUGUUGAAGAAGAUCAUAAUGCAAUACGACUUAUCUACCCAAGACAUGAUCAUACUCAAGAAUGGAAUCAGAUGAAGCCUCAAUUAGUGCAGGAAUGCAAAAAGUUAGCAUUGUCUGAAGUUGACGGAAGUUUGAAAGAAUAUUAUGCCAAAUUGUGGGAUUAUGCAGCUGAAAUCAGAAGGGCCAAUCCAGGUUCACAUGUUGAGGUGUUCUUGGAGCCACAACCUGAUAAUACUGUGUUGUUUGAUAGGUUUUAUGUUAGCUUUAAAGGUGUUGUAGAUGGGUGGUUAGAUGGAUGUAGAAAGGUAAUUAGGGUUGAUGGUUUCUUUCUUAAGGGUGUUUGUAGAGGGGAGCUCCUAUCAACAGUGGGUAGAGAUGCUAAUAAUAACAUCUAUCCCUUAGCUUGGGUAGUAGUCAAUGUUGAGAACAAAAGGACGUGGAAAUGGUUUUUAGACAACCUGAUGGAAGACAUUGGAGGGUGGAAUGGUCAUGGCAUUACAAUCCUCUCAGAUGGCCACAAGGCUUAUGAAUAUCUCAUAGACAGAGAUCCAAGAAGGAAACCAUUGAUAACAAUGUUGGAGGACAUAAGAUGUUGGGCAAUGCAGAGAUUAUGGAUGAAGAAGCUAAAUGGUUUGAGUUGGGAUUUGGACAUAUGCCUAAGUAUCAGAAGGGAAAUAGAGUAUCUGAAAGAAUUGCAAAGAUUUUGGGUACCUUAUGUGAGUGGCUACAAAGAAUUUGAAGUGUUCUCAGGAAAUAAGAGGACUUCAUACUAUUUUUCCUCCAUUAAAGAGGAGGUUAUAUGGCAGCCAUGUGUCAAAAGGAAAAGAGAUCAGGCAGAAAGAGAGAUAAGUGGGUACACAAGGUAUACUGUGUCAAGGGCAUGCAUUCCUCUAAGAUGUACCAUUUGCCACCAAACUGGCCACAACAAAGCCACAUGCCCAAGUAAGCCAACUCCAGCUCCAAGCACAACAGGUCCAAGUCAUUCAACUCCAGAUUCAAGCACAGCAGGGCCAAGUCAUGUGAGGAAGGAUCCUGUGAAGAAGGGUCUUAUAAAGAGAAGUCCUAUGAAGAAGGUUCCUUUAAAUGAUGCUGGUAGCGUGUUUACCAAUGAGUUAGGGCACACUCGGAAUUUCUUUCCAGGGUUAUCUUUGGUCUUGGAGGUACAAAUUCUUGAAGGGAGUUCACAAUCACAGAGGACUUCCUUAUCUACUCUUUGGUUGCUUGAACCUGUGGAGAUUCUUGAGCCACUUGACAUCUUCUUUCUUCUUCUACGAAUUCCCCACUUCUAUGUGUUCGAGUUUGAAGGUGAUUCUUCCUGA